AAGCCCCGCUUCCAUAGCACACCCGGCCGGAUAGCCAACUCUCUCAUCCUGGCCACUCUUCCUAUCCUCCCGGCCCGGGUAUCCUCCCUCUCCCCCUCUCGUCCCCGACACACACACACAUGGAGGCGAACCAAGAGAAUGCCACGGGAAGCAGCGGGGUGCGUGCGGUGUGCGUCUUCUGCGGCAGCAGGCCGGGCAACCGGCCGUCCUUCAGCGCCGCCGCCCUCGACCUUGGAAACCAACUGGUGGAGAGGCAGCUCGACCUUGUGUACGGCGGCGGCAGCGGCGGCCUGAUGGGCCUCGUGUCCAAGGCCGUCCACGACGGCGGCCGCCACGUCCUCGGGGUCAUCCCGAGUGCUCUCCUGCCUCAAGAGGUGUCAGGGGAGACAUUGGGAGAGGUGAAAGUGGUCAGGGACAUGCAUGAGCGCAAGUCAGAAAUGGCUAAACACUCCGACGCCUUCGUCGCCCUGCCAGGCGGUUAUGGGACGAUCGAAGAACUGUUGGAGAUCAUAGCGUGGGCGCAGCUGGGGAUCCACAACAAACCUGUGGGGCUGCUCAACGUGGACGGCUACUACAACAGCCUGCUUUCGCUGUUCGACAAGGGCGUCGAGGAGGGCUUCAUCGACGCCGCCGAGCGCAACAUCUUCGUCCUCGCCGACACCGCCGACGAGCUGCUCACCAAGCUCACGGAGGCGGCGGCGGCUACGGCGGCUCGUGCUGACAUUGAUGACGACGCCGGCAAUGAUCACAAGGGCCUGGAGGCCGCCGGCAUCAAGAGGAAAAGAAGCUAGCUAGAUAUAUAGCUAGCUAGCUGGUCCGGUUGUGUGUCUCGAUCGUCUAUAGCUUCGUUUAUGUAUUUUCUCCUCCUCCUGUUAUUGUUAUCAUUGCUAAGCACGUACGUUCCAUUUUA